CAUGCUACAGCACUUAGAAUCAGGAUUAUUUGCUAAAGCAGACAAUCUACGUUACGUUGACAUAUCAUUCAACCGUCUACAAGAUUUACCUUCAAACCUGGUUGGCUAUCGCACAGAUAUACGACGUCUAGAUUUAGCCUAUAAUAAAUUAACUGUUUUCAAUAAUGAUCUGAGUGAAGCGUUACAUUUUUGCCGACUAAAUUUGACUGGUAAUUUUAUGGAUUGUACUUGUGCUCUGUCCUCACUGCGUCAACUUAUGGUGUUGACAAGUGCAAACUCUCCUAGUUGCAGAUCUCCUGAACAACACAUUGGCAAACGACUGCAUCAAAUACACGGGAAGAAUUUAUUAUGUGCCGAGGAAGCUGGAUCUCGUGUUAGGUAUGAAAUAUACGGAAAGGGUCAUUCUCAUUAUUUACCAAAGAAUUUCGUCUCUCAAUACGAUCCUAAAAUUGGUUACGGAACUGCAGUGACAUUAUUCGCAAUGCUUGUGGGCUUCUUAGCCUGUGUCAUUAUUGACAAAGUAAAGAGGAGGUUAAAAAAGAGGAUUCGUGCCAAGAGAGGUUUUUUGACACCAACCGCCCCAAGCCGUGGAGCGUCAUCGCGUUCUCGUAAUUCCGUGGCCAUGUAUGAAAGUUGUAAAUUGGCGCAAAGAGACGCUUUCGACGCUUGGGCGUCAGCGUCUACUUCCGAUGUUAACGAUUCACCAACUGGCGCCAGCCGGUCUAGUUUCCGAGUAAAAUGCAGAAGCCCAAGUUUACAAAGGCAGACGACUGUGAUUUAG